AUUCGGUACAGUCGAAGGGCGUGCCAAGACCGACCCGGACUCACCGGCGGGCCGGAAUCAGGAGGAAACCCGCACGCCAGUAUGACUAACUCAUACUCAGAUCAACGAAAUAACUACUCAUUAAAGGUUGUGAAGCCCACACCACUCCAGACCUUGUUCUCUCCUCAACAAGAGAAAACCAAUUGACCUACCACCUCCACCCCCCCUCAAAAUCAACAUCAAAAUGACCACCCACCCCCAACCCCCAGUACAAACCGUCCUCGACGCCAUCGGCAACACCCCCCUAGUCCAGCUCAACCACCUCGUCCCGCCCAAUGCCGCUGCGAUCUACAUCAAGCUCGAAUUCCUGAACCCCACCGGCUCGUACAAAGACCGCAUGGCCAAGUCCAUCAUCGAAGAAGCCGAACGCCGCGGCGAUCUCCGCCCCGGCAUGACCGUCGUGGAGGCCACGGGGGGCAGCACGGGCGCGUCUCUCGCCUUUGUCUGCGCGGCUAAGAAGUAUGCCUGUACUGUGGUCUCGUCCAACGCCUUUGCCGCCGAGAAAUUACAGACGAUGGGGGCGUUGGGAGCGCAGCUGGAUUUAGUGCACAGUGAUGCCGGGAUCACGCCGGAGUUGACGCCGAUGAUGAUGCGCCGGGCGAGGGAGCUGGCUGCGCGGGGCGGUGGCGCGGAAUGCUACCUGACGGAUCAGCUCCAGAAUCCGGACGCCUGCGCUGGGUAUGAGGGGAUUGGGCGGGAGUUGCUGGAGCAGUUGCCGGGUGGGAUCGAUGCGUUUUGCGGGGCGGUGGGUGGGGCGGGGAUGAUGAUGGGAGUGUCGAAAGUGUUAAAGGCGAAGCGGCCGGCGGUCCAUGUGGUGGUGCUGGAGCCGGACUCGUCGCCAAUGAUCACGGAGGGAAAGUCGGGGACCCAUGGUGUCGAGGGGAUCGGGUUGGGAUUCGUGCCGCCACAUCUGGAUCGCAGUUUGUAUGAUGAGGCGAUGGCGGUCUCGGAGGAGGAGGCGCGGAUCAUGUGUCGGAGAUUGGCCAGGGAAGAGGGUUUGUUGGUGGGGACCUCGACGGGGAUGAACGUCGUGGCUGCCAUCGAUCUGGCAAAGCGUCUGGGGCCUGGUAAGACGGUGGUGACGGUGGCUGUGGAUACUGGUCUCAAAUAUAUGAGCGGGACUCUGUUCUCUGGUUAGAAGGGCGAAAAUUGAACUCCUGCGGGCUAUGGAGUAGUAGUACGUACUCGGGGUCACAUAUGCUUCAAG